UGACGUCACUAUGCAUAAGUAAAUAUAAAUAUAAACACGUGGGUAGGACUAUCAGUCAUUUAAAUUCCACGUUGAUUAGACGAAACCCUUAAAUCUUUAGGGAUUUGGAUUAUACGUUUCGGAUUGUUGAGAAAGCCAUGGCAACCGAUUCCAAUGACAUAGCAACAGAUUCAGCAAGUAGAAAUCUCAUCGUCGACGAAGCAUCUUUUGAGGAACAGUUCUUACGGUGUCAAGUUUGCCGGGAAAAAUUCGACCGCGAGGAAAGAACACCCAAAUCACUUCCCUGUAAUCACACAUUUUGUCAACCCUGUCUAAAACAGGUGUUUGAUCACAGUCAGCCAUCUUCCCGUCGGGAGAGAUCGACGUGGGGAGACGAAAAUCGUGACGGAACGCUUAAAUGUCCGACUUGCCGCGUAGAAAUCUAUCUCAGCAGAAGUGAAAUCAAAAAAUUACCUAGUGAUCACCGCGUUAUACAAAUGAUUGAUUUCCUAUCACAGGCGGUCUCAAAAUCGCAGAAUUCAUGCUCCAAACACGAACGACAACCGAUAAAUUUCUUCUGUAAGACUUGCUUAGUGCCAGUUUGUCGGGACUGUACUGUUUUAGAUCACAAAGAACAACAAGGUCACGUUAUCGUCGACGUUACAGACGCAUUGACCGAAAGUUCCGAGGAAUUCAAUACGGUGGAAAAUAAAAGCAGACAACUGUUAGAUAAGAUGAAACAAAGGGCGGACGGUUUAGGGAAUGGUUUAAAAAGACUGGAUAUGCUUGAAAGACAAAUAAAAAAUGAAAUAAAAGACACGUUCAUAGAAUACAGACUUCUUCUGGAACGUCGCCAAGAUUCUCAGAUAAACUGUCUAAAGGAAAUGAUCAAAGCACAGAAAGACAAAAUGACAAAAACAUUCGAUGAUUUGAAUGAUAAAGGUACGGAACUCCAAAAACUGUACGACUCUUUUAAACAAGCGCGAACUACAAACGACGUUCGACAACUCUUCACAAUAAAUGAAAAGGUAAAACAAAAGGAAGAAUCUUUCAAAUCAGAAGCAGAUGCAAAAGAUAAUGCACUUUUCGUUUCCUACAAAUUCGACGUUGAGAGUGAAGGAGUCUUUUUAGCGGAGAUGAGUGGAUUAGGGGAAGUAACUCCGUAUGAGGACCCUGGUCUGUCUGAACCUGUUCCUCACCACCAGUUGAUACUUUUCGACAUGGAAGAACAGCAAGAACAGGAAAGAAGAACCGCUAGGGAUAUGCCGCUUGAUUGUACAUAUAGCGGACUCCCAUCCGGUUUAACAGAUCUAAGUGUGGAGGACGAGAGUCUAAAUCAGCCGGAGGAUGAGGAAGGAUUUACUUAUCACCCCUAUUUAGACGCUACCCGACUGACACGCUUAAUAGAAUCAGAGUAUCCCCAUUUCAAUGAAGGAGAUUCUUCUGAAGAAAGUCCGACAGAUUCGCAGGAACGCCGUGGAAGACGAAGCGAAUCGUAUGCCAAUUUCUUGUCCCGAGAUGCCCCUAGCGAGCUAAGAUCUCGUAACAGGCGGAGCAGACGUCCAGCAAGAGAAACAGCUCUGCCUCAAGGCCUACUGGCACCACAUGCACCUUCUAGAGACGAUAGCCGAUCCGGUGCAUCACGUGGAAGUAGAAGUUCGAGUACUGGAAGCGGUAAUGGUACAGGUUCCCGAUCUAGUUCUUCCAGAAUCCCAGACUUCACAACCACGCUUCAGCUGCUACAAGCUCGAGUCACACAAGAUGAAUCAAGAUCAUAAACAGUCUAUAAUAGCGUAAAUUCAUAAAUUGUGCUAAAAAAUCAAAUCACUGAAAUAAUAAUUAACUUAUAUAAAAACCUACCAAUUGCAUGCUAUAUAUAUGGGCAUUAAUCAAAGUGACAAUAUUGUUACCAAUUUAUGAAGAAAAAAACAGCAUUCACGAGUCUUUACAUGGAGUUGAAACAUGCGAUGCAUGUAAUAUGUAAUAGCCAUACCAAACUGUUCUAUUUUCCAUGACAUCAUAUUUCUUGUUUUCGUAGUUUGGAAACUGUAAAUCUUAAAUUAUUUGGUAUCCAAAUAACUUUACUAGCAAAUGGUUCCAAUAAUAUGAACAUGACAUAUAUCCGAUCUAAUUGACAGUCACGUUACGAUAAGAAGUCGAUUGCAUUUAAAUACAAUUUUAUAACCCUUCAAAGGCAAUUUCUAAAACAAUGGGCAUAUAUUUCUCUUCGACGCGAAAUCACUGGAUAUUCUUUUAAAGUUAAAGGGCAUAAAUCUAUACUUAGGUUAUUGUUCUGUGAUGAGGAAAUUGAAUCUACUAUAAUUUAUUUAUUUUAAUAUGAAUGUAAGAAAUGUGAUAAAUAACUGUAAAUAAUAACUGUAAAUAGUUAGAUAUGAAAGUUGUAUGGUUUAUAUGAUGUGUGUCAAGUUAUACAUAUUUAUAUAUAAAAUCAGUUUAUAUUUAUAUUAAAGCCCAAUAAUCAUGUGUUUUGAUCUCUAUUUCUUGUUAAAUCAA